CUCGACGACGCAGCCACCGGCGGGCACGACCCCCACCCGCGCGGCCCACACCAUCGCGCUCUGCUUCCUCUCUGCCCCCGCGAGACUAACCUCGUCGCGACCCAUGCCCGUCUCGACCCAGCCGCCAUCGCAAAUACCAGUUCGCCUAUCACGAGCACGAAAAUCUAAUUGAAGAAGAAGAAGAAGAAGAAGAAGAAUGAGAAUCGUGGGACUGACCGGUGGAAUUGCAUCGGGCAAGAGCACCGUCUCCGGUCUUUUCAAAGCCCACGGCGUUCCAGUUGUCGAUGCCGAUAUUGUCGCUCGCGAUGUGCUGAAGAAAGGCACUGGUGGCUGGAAAAAGGUGGUGGCUACAUUUGGAGAGGAAAUUUUGCAAGCAGAUGGAGAAGUGGAUAGGCCUAAGCUUGGCCAAAUUGUGUUUUCUGAUCCAGGGAAGCGUCAACUUCUCAACCGGCUACUUGCUCCUUAUAUAUCUUCUGGAAUCUUUUGGCAAAUUUUCAAGUUAUGGAUGAAGGGUUCAAAGGUGAUCGUUCUCGACAUCCCUCUGUUGUUCGAAGCCAAGAUGGACAAGUGGACAAAGCCUAUUAUUGUGGUGUGGGUUGAUCCUGAAACACAGCUUCAGCGACUGAUGGCACGAGACGGAUCAAGUGAGGAAGAUGCUCGAAACAGGAUUAAUGCUCAGAUGUCUCUAGAUAUGAAAAGAAGCAAAGCGGACAUAGUGAUUGACAAUACUGGAUCACUGGACGAGCUAAAAGAAGAGUUUCAGAAAGUCUUACAUGAGGUAACUAGGCCCUUGACAUGGACUGAAUUUUGGCUUUCCAGGCAAGGGGCGUUCUCUGUUCUCAUUUCCAUUAUUAUUGGAGUAGCUGUAUGUAAAUCAUUUUAUGAUAGUUACGGUUUGUAACAACUAUAAUAGUGACGCACAAUUGCUUGAGAUUUUCUUCUCAACCUGUCUGCAGUUGACGUGUUAAAAAGUGUAUGUUCUGAGCUUCGGAAUAGAAAUGGUAUUGUUGAAAAGGUUA